AUGGCCCAGCAGGAAAUAGCCUACCGAACCUCCGCCAUGUCGAACGGAACCUGGAAUUCCCCGCGCAGUGUCAUCUACAAUGACAGUUCAUAUCCAGGUAACGCGCGUGAGGGCGGAUACUCAAGCUCAAGUGUGAUAUACUCGUCCGGGUCCGGUCCAGCGUACGGUUCAUCGGCCAAUGUGUCGGCUGUGGGGACCAGUGGUCCAGUCGGACGGCACCAGUCCGCAUAUUCUCCAUCGCCAGUUUACAUCUCGAGAGCGCAGUCUGGGCCAUAUGGAACUUCUUCUGGAGUAGGGUAUGGCUCAUAUAAUAGCACGAGCUCACAAGGUUGGGACCUCCCAGGCAGGUACUCGCCGACGGAUUCCGUGGAUGAUAUUAUUGCAUCUCCUAGUCUAUCGGAUUAUGCCUUGGAUAAUUCUGGCGGAAGCACCGCGCCAGCAGGAAAAUCCAAGAACAGUGGGAAGAGCCGUCCCCAGAGGCGGCCUUCGAAUAGAGAUGAAUUCGACGGACCGCAUCAGUUUCUAGCAAGACCCCCACCGGAUUAUGUUGCAAUGCAGGAAAGGGAGCUGCCGCACCUCCCAACAAAUCUCUUGGUACAAGAGCAGGAUAGUGUCCUGACGCAGGUCAACGAUCGACUCUCGCAGUGCGCGUUCGACUUUGUUGCAAAAUACCAGUUUCCCAUCCCAUUGACACAGGACAUGAGACCGGUGGAGAGACCGCAGGACCGAGAAUGGACCGAAUGGGUUUACUUACUGAAGCGCCUAGCCACCAAGAGGCGAAUACCCGCCCGGGUUCUAUACAAUGGACAGAUCAAGCAGUUCGUAACAAUUUUGGAAAAUUCGUUGGAAAUGCGACAUGCUGCUAAGCAUCAGUCGCGCCCGCUGAAGGAUGACCGGAACAUCCUACAAUUGAUCAGUGCUGGUAUCCAGGUUGCCAAAAUCCUCAAGGAUGCAGCCGCAAUGGACUACCUGGACAGACUAUACGUUUCAACCGAACAACAGAUUCAGGAACGAAGUGCUGCGGCGUCGGCACGGUUUCGCUGA